AUGAGCUACUAUCGCGACGAUGACGACGACGACGUCGACAUCCGUGCUCGAAGACGCGGACCAUCCCCCCGUCCCAACCUCUACAGCCGACCACCGUCCAGGGGUCAUAGCUUUUUUGAUAUCCCUAGCGGCGUCAAUUAUAUCCCGCUCGAGCAGCAUGCCAGGGUUGUUGUGGAACGCGAGCCCGUUCGUUCGCGAUCCCGUUCACGCCGCCGCAACGACCAACCGCCAUCUGCGCCGAACCCUUUCAAUUUUACCGAGCGCUUCGUCGACGAGUCCUUGUCAGAUGAUGACUAUGACGGCAGAAGCCAUGUCCAACUCAUCAGCCGCGACGCGAACUCAGCUGUUGUCGCUCGUGGAAACCAAAGUCCCGAUAAAGAAGUUCUUUUCCAAACCUGCUUCAAUGCCGACUGCCCCCAAGAUGUUACGACCCAUAUCGACCUCCCAAUCUUUGACGACAUUGGUGAUGAGUUGGAAGACUUUUCCCGCUUAAUGCGGAUUGGGAACUUCCAGGCCGCCAAGAGCUACUUCGAGGCUAAUUUGGCAGACCACCAAGCACAGCCUUUCGUCUUUGUGCAGUACGCCGAAAUGCUGCUAGAGAUGUCAGACUAUAAGUCUUUUGGCGCUCUCAAUCCUCAUUCGGUAUUCGGUCAACCGUGUCGCCAGCUCCGAAGUGAGGCUCCGGAACAUUCGAGGAGCGCAUUGUUCAACAGGCGGAGGUCGUACGGCAGGCGAGCUCGCGGCUGUUUACGAAAGCCCGAUGCCGUCGCAUUGGAGCAACUCGACUUGCUCCACCUCAACUGGGAUCUAUUGGAGACGACAUACUUGGUGUACCGUGAAGGCACAAUUCAUCAGGCUAUCAAUGUGGCCAAAGAAGCGUUACGGACUGUAAACCUAGACGAGAACGCUGGGUCCACAGAGAUCAAAAUAUUCUGCCUUGCUUCGCACAUUCUGGGCGAAGCCAGAGCCUGGAACGUUGGCCCCCGACUGGCCACGCGAGAGCUUCCUAGCAUUCCGAAAAUUUACAGCCAGCUUUUGUCUGAAGGCCGUAUCUGGGAUUUUCAUGACUUCUUCUCCGCGCUCAUCCCAUGGUUCAACUUCAGCGUAGACACUGUCAUGAUGAAAAUCUAUGGCACUGCUGGCUAUAGUCGACGCCUCCUCGACGACUGGGUGAGCGACAUGAGCGACACGGACGAGUCUACCAUUCUCGCGUUGUUGAGCCUUAUUGUCUCUGUGCUUCGCGGCAAUCUUCGCAACCCUCGGAGGCUCCAAAUGAUGGACCAGUGGAUGAGCGACGCCCAAUCUCUUGCCCACUGUCUGAAACUGAACCACAUCGGGUGCUUGAAGAGCCGGGCCUUUGCAAGGUGGGUAGCAGUUGAAGCGGCCGGCUUGGUUUCAAUUGAAUACGGAAGCUUUGAAGGUGCCGUCAGCGAACGUCACGCAUCCGCGCCAGGAUUGACUUUCGCAUGGGGGCUGGGGGUUCCGGUCUAUGUCCCAGCCACCAUUGAGAACCCAAAUUGGCAGAUGCCUGGCGUGCCUCCGGAACAAAAGGAGCCCAUAAUCAUGGCUUGGAGAUUGUCCAGGGAGCUACAGGACUACCAAACGGAAGAAUUCUGCCUGGAGCUGUUAAUUGUAGUCUCUCAGGAUCCAAAGACUUACUUCGAAGAGCUUUCCCAUCUGCAAAACUCCGUGCAGAAAAACCGACGUGGCUUUCUGUGGACUUGCUUGUCAAAGUAUCUCAUCUCCGGAGAUGUCGCUUCCAAACGCCAACUACUUGAAGACCUGAAAAGCUUUCCGGAUUGGGUCGAUCGAGACGCGUUGUCUGAUCCACCAGCCUGCUUUGCUCGAGACUUUAUUCGAGGAGCCCUUUCGAGUCAGCUGAAAGGACACAACGUGCACCGGAAAUAUCCUACCGAAUCCUUUAAAAAGUCCAUCGAGAUUUACGGCAGAUUGCUCCCACCGGAGAUGAGCGAGUUCGUGAGGCGCGAAACGGGUAUAGGCUGGAGCAACAACUGGGGCUCAAUAGAAUUCGCGCGUGAGCCAUACCGAUUUAGGGAUAUCACAGAAAAACAGCUCGACAGAAGACGACUGCCAGAACCGGUCAACGGAACAAUAUUUAGGCAUCGAAGCCCAAGCCGUGAGCGCCCCGGGCCGCAUCCACCCCGUGAGAAAGAUGCCUUGCUCGGCGAUUCGAAAAAGGUCACUCAGAAAACUGAACCUGCUCCAAACGAGACCGAAGACGCAGCCGCCAACACACGAGCUCCCAGAGGCGAGGGUAGCUCAGCCGGUGAGUAACAAAUCUUCAUCUGCGCGAAACUCUAUGCUCGAACUCAGGGCGCCUCUUUGGAAUCCAAGGCCACAGCAAAAGUCAAUGCCUCACCAGACUCACCAUGUUGGGAUAUAAUACCGUACACUGGGGGUUACCACCCUGUUUGGUACCAUUUACGGCGGCAUCAUGCCGAAGCACCGCAUCAGAUCCGAUGGAGCCCAAGUACAAGCACUGCUCCGGCCUUACCUACGAGCAAUCAUUCCUCCAUGUCAAAUGUGGGACCAAACGUCUCCUCAAGUCCCCAGGAACACGAUUCGACAGGGUCCGCAGACCGGGGAAGGAGCCUCACGAGAAAGAUGACUGUCACCGACGUAUCGGACGAGGACGAAUGACAGAGUUAGGCUCCAGAGGUGUCAAAUUUGAAUCAAGGCAACGAUGUGGAAUUUUAUUAGUAAAGACCAGAUGCACCCAGUCCUGUCUUUCAAAGAGCCAUGCUAUAAUGAAUGUCAAAUAAAUAUUGAUGGUGCUUUGCGG